AUGGACGUUGAACCAGCAGAAAACACUGAAAGUAACGAACCUAUUGAGGCUCAUGAGGCGCUUGAAACGUCUGAAGAACAUGAGGCGCACGAGUUGCAUGACAUGCAUGACAUGCAUGAAAUGCACGAAGAGGCAAACGUUGUUGUCGCGAAAAUAGUGCCAGAUAAUGAAGCGGAACAACAAGCAUCGGCAGGUGAUACUGCUGAGGAUGGAACUAUGAAAGCAGAGCCAGAAUCUAGUGAAGUAGCAGCAGAUGCUUCUGUAGCGCAGGCUAAUGGGCAUUAUGAAAAUGGUGAAGGAGGUGAAGCAAUGGAGAUGGAAGGCUAUGAUGAAAGUUUAGAUCCUUUCCGAGGUGGUCCAAGACCUGCAUGGCGACCAGGUAUGCAACCUCAAUUUAGUACUCCUGGAACCAUGACUGGUUGGGGAACUAGAGGCAGCCCAGGAUCGACUUGGCGUGGGCGCUCAAUGUCACGUCCCCCAAUGUACCACAAUGGACCUCCUCGUGGACCUCCAGGUAAUUACUCAGAAACGGAAGGAAGUUCCGAUUAUUACACCAAUUCUGGAUCGAUAGGAACUGCACCACGAGUUUUGGAGACACUGGAAAAAUCAGGAAACCUUGUUUUUCGAGCCACUUUCGUAUUCCUUUCGCUAAAUAGUAAGUUUUUGUUUCCAGGUUCGAUAAGAAUGCAAGGACCUACUGGGUCUCCUUAUACCCGUCCGCAAAGGCCAUAUGGGAUGCGUGGUGGACCUAUGAUGGGAGCACGGGGACCAAUGGGUUAUGGCGACAGAGGUAGAGGUGGGAUACCUGGUUUUGCACAACGCGCUCCGUACUUCCCGGGGUAUCCUGGUCCGAUGCCACCGAUGGCAGGAGCUCCAAUGGCUCAAGCAGCUGCCACACCUCAGUUAUCUCCUGCUGCUCAGGCAGAGAAAUUAAAGAAACUGGCAGGUGUUCCAGCAGAUCAAGAACUAUGGGUGGAGACGAAAUCACCGGAAGGGAAGCCUUAUUAUUACAAUGCAGUGACCCGUGAUACAGUUUGGGAACGUCCGGCUAAUGCAAAAGUUAUGGAACAAGCUGAAUUGCAAGCGUUGGUUGAGAAAGAUGCGAAAGAAGAGAAAGAAGCAGCUGCUGCUCAACAAACAACCUAUGCAGCGCCAGCCACCGGGCCUUCUGCGGCGGGUAUGCCUUCGCAAAUGGCGCCUGGUAUGCCUCCUAUGGGUGGAUUCCCUCCAAUGAUGCCUCCGCCUACCGGAUUUCCACCUAUGGUUCCUCCUAUGAUGUUCCCUCCUCGCCCCGGUUUUCCUCCAUUUAUGCCCGGUAUUCCACCAGGAUACCCUAUGCCUGGUAUGCCGAUGCCAGGUAUGGCUCCUGUUGUGCCGCCGGUUGCUGGUGCCGAAGCUGCAGGUUUAAACCCGGAGGCUUUGCUUUGGCAAGAGUACACGGCUCCAGAUGGACGCAAGUACUACUAUAACACCCAGACUCAGGAAACUACAUGGGAUAAGCCAAAAGCUUUAGAAGCCAGUAGUAAAGAAGGUGCUGGUACUGAUGGUAAUGGUGUUCCUGUGAUUACUGAAGCUCAGCAACAGGCAGCUGCAGCUGCACAACAACAGGUGCAAGCGCAGUUGGCUGCGGCUAAAGCUGCGGCUGAGAAAGCUAAGAAGAAAAAGGAAGAAGAGGAAGCUGCCGCUGCAGUUGCAGCUGAAAGUGCAGCUAAACAACAAGUGGACAAAUCCCGUCCUGUAAGCAGCAAUCCUGUUGCAAAUACGGCUUGGUGUGUUGUAUGGACGGGUGAUCAUAAGGUCUUUUUCUAUAAUCCCUCAACUCAAACUUCAGUCUGGGAACGGCCACCUGAACUGUACAACCGCCCCGAUGUUGAUUUGUUGGUCUCUAAGCCACCGGAAGAAAAAAAACCGACUCCUCAGACGUCUUCUAAGAGGGAAGAGACUCCUGAAGAGGAUGCUGAGGAAAUGGAUAUUGACAAAGAUGCAGUUGAUUCGAAUGGCGGCUCAGAAGCUGAAGAAAGCGAAGAUACAGAUAGCCCUCCUGCUGUAAAGAAGAGUCGUAAAGAGCGUAAACUUGAGAAGCAAAGACAAGAGCAGGCGGCGAAGAAGGAGAAAGAGCGACCGCGGCAAAUGUUGGAAAAACAAGUAGACCCAGCCAUUCAAGCUGAAUUACAAGCGCAGAAAGCUAGAGAAGAUGUACCGUUUGAGAGGCGGCUGCGAGAGUUUAAAGAAAUGCUUAUGGAGAAAAAUGUAAGCGCUGGAAGCACGUGGGAGAAGGAGUUGUCAAAAAUUGUUUUCGAUAAGAGGUAUCUUCUGCUCAGCGCUGUGGAGCGGAAAGCGGCUUUUGAUGCUUAUGUGCGAGAGAGGACAGAGAUUGAGCGAGCAGAGAAGAAAAAACGAGCAAAGGAAGCGAGAGAAAACUUUAAACAGCUUCUGGAGGAGGCGAAGCUACACGGGAGGUCAUCAUUCACUUCCUUUGCUUCGAAGUAUGGAAAGGACAGUCGCUUCAAGGGUGUGGAAAAAAUGCGAGAAAAGGAAGAUAUAUUCAACGAUUACUUGAAACGAGAGUUCAUAUCAAUGUUAAUGGAGAAAAAUAUUACGCGUCGUACUAAGUGGUCCUCUUUCAAAAAAACUGUUGAAGAUGAAGAGCGCUACAAAGCUGUUGAAGGUUCCUCGAAUAGAGAGGCGAUAUUCCGUGAGUAUCAGGAAAGUCUCCCCGAAGAAUCUAAUUCGGACAUUGAAGAAGAGAACGACCGCCAGAAGAGGGUUGCAGCUGAAGCAGCAAUUCAGGAGAGGAAGAAGGAAGUUGAAGCAGAGCUCGGUGAACAGUUAAAGGAAAGGAAUAAAGAACACGAGAAGCACAAGUAUCAGGAGCAUGAAGAAUGUUUCAAAGCGCUUUUAGUUGACCUCAUAAAGUCUGUGGACUAUUCUUGGCAUGAUGCUCGGAAGGUACUCCGUAAAGAUUCUAGAUACGAAGAUUGUGACCUUUUAGAAAAAGAUACAAAGGAACGCCUAUUUGAUGCUCACAUCCAGCAUUUAGAAAAAAAACGACGGGAGCUUUUGAAUGAUACUAAAGAAUUGACACCCAAUACGAAAUGGCGUGAAGCGAAAAAAGUAAUUGAUAAAGACGACAAAUUCAGCAAAUUUAGCACUAGUGAUAGGAAAGUGGAACGCGAUUAUAAGGAUUGGAUGGAAGAAAGGAGAGAGACAGUUUUGAGGGAAUUUAGAGAGCUUUUGCGGGAAACGAAGAUAAUAACUUACAAAUCACUGAAAAUGAUACAUGACAAUCAGCAACAUCUUGCUGAUAUCCUUGCUGUUCUGGAAAAUGACAAAAGAUAUAUUAUGCUAAAUGAUGCACCGGAGGAACGUGAGAAGAUUCUCGACCAGUAUUUGGAAGAAUUGGAUAAGCGGGGUCCUCCACCACCUCCAACUCAGCAGGAAGCUGAAAGAAGAAGAAAAUAA